AUGUCAAACGUUUCUUAUUAUUUAAAAUGGCUCAAAAUCAAAGAACAAAUACAAAAUACCCUAGCGGAAGACGAACGUUUACAGGAGUUAGCAUCAGCAUUUGUCGGAAUAAAACCACAAGGAACCGCAGUUGAAAUUGUUGCUAGAGUUUAUUGUAAAUUUUGUGAAUUAUACAAUAACUUGUGUGAUUGUUACGAUCAAAUGGAACAAGUACAAAGACGACCUUACAUACGAAAAUUAAUUGAUGCAAUUUCUUGUCGCAUACUCGAAUUGAAGUCAACGCUGGAGGAAGUGGAGGUUUUUGAAUUUACGUACCCUGAUAAUGCUUUGCUACAAUUGAUUAUGGUACCUCAGGAUAUUGAAAUACUUUGUCCGUUUCAUUAUCCAUUUGAAAUGAGACAGGAAGAAAUGCAGUACAUUGCUAAUCAAAUCUUGGCUGGUAAUCGGUUAGGUGAUCCAACUCCAACACCUUCGGAAAUUGAACGUCGAGAACAAGAAAAGUUAGAAGAAGAAGAGAGAUUACGUGAAGAAAAGGAAGCGGAAAUCAAAAGAAAAUUGGCCAUGGGUGAAGAAAUCGUAUCUAUACCAGAGUCUGAACAUUUGUCGGCUGAAGAGUUAGAAGAAUUAAGAUUUCAACAAGAGUAUACUGGUCAUAUUUUAAAUAUUCAACGAAUGGAACGCUCUAGGUUUACUGUACGAGAAAGGACUCAUAUUUUUAAUAAGGAUAAUGACUUAUAUCUUGAACUUGCGGGUCUAAAAAAACCACCAGCAAGUGAAGAGUUGCGAAUAAAAGCAGCAUCACUUAUUCAGAACAUUUAUAGACGAUUUAUGGAAAUCAAACGAGAAAAUAUAAAGAAUAAUAUGCGUAAAGAUAAACUUAACAUGAUUAUACCAUCAUGGUUACCCCCUUCUGCAAAAGAACAACUAAAAAAUGUUAAAGAAAUUAGACGAAACUUUAGAUAUAAAUAUUAUGAAAAUUGGGUUCAGGAAAACUUUAAGGAAAGUAGUCGUGCACUUAAACUUAGAGAAGGAGACAUAAUGGAAGAUAUUUCGACAGAAAUUCGUCAAUGGUUUCAUGAUUGGUACAAUCAGGUUCGUAUUUUUGAUGAAUUCCCUUUUCCAGAAGAAGGUGGGUCCAUAUUAAUAGUGAAAGGAGAAACUUUUACUAUAGAUGAAUACAUAGAAUGGCGUACUGAAGAAGAAAAAAGACUAAAAGCAGAAGGAGGUGCACAAAAAACUAAAGAACAGAUAAAAGCUGAAAAACUUGCUGCUCGUGAAGAAGAAAAAAGAUUAAAAUUAGAAGCUAAAAUAAGAGAAGAAAAACGUUUACUUGAUUAUAAGAAGGCCAGACUUAAUCCUGAUAAUGAUCCAGGUGUUUAUAUUUCUGUUGGUGAAAAUGCAAACCAAGUGCACGAAGCUUGGAAUGAAUAUCAAAAUCAAUGGAAGGAUUUAGAUACGAGAGAUGCUUCACUCGAUGUCAUGAGAGGUUAUAUAAAGUCGCUUAUUAUUGAAAAUGUGUAUCAAGACUUACAAUUCAAACUGAGACCGAUUGUAGAUGAACUCAUGAGAUUAGAAUUGAAUAUGCUCAAAAAUUCUUUGAAAAUUGAUUACCAAGCAGCUGGAAUUGCCAAGCCUCCACAAAGCAGAAAAAGAAAGAAACCGAAAAAAGUUAAGCCACCAAAGCCAGAUAAAGUUUCACCAGCUGCUAUGUUUCAAGCUUUAGUCGAUGAAGGAAUUAUAAAAAAAUAUCCACAUACUACAUUUGAUGAUUACUGGGGAGACAGAAAUUAUGCUGCAGCAGAUACUCGUGCUAUACUCUGGACACCAAACUUCCCACCGCCAUGCUUAGGGGACGUUAAGGAACAAGUAAGAUUGCGAUGUGUUUUGACACUCGGAUCCGACUGCCCAAAUUCCGUUCGAACACAACUGUUUGUAGGACCCAAGGGUUCGGGUAAAAAAACCUUGAUCUAUGCAGUCGCGACAGAAACGAAUUCUAUCCUCAUAGACUUAUCGCCAAUGAAUGUGUACGAUAAAUUUCCUGGACCAAAAAAUUUGAAGACUAUGUUCACAUACAUUAAUAGAAUAAGUAGACUCAUGCAACCUUCUAUAAUACUCGUUGACAAUGCCGAUAAAAUUUUCUGUAAAAAGGUGGCGAAAGAAGAUAGAAGCUUCGAUCCUAAACGUCUCCAGAGAGAUUUUUUCAAAGAAAUAAUUAAACCUAUAAACCCUAGCGAAGAUAAAAUCUUAAUUCUGGGUACAGCUACAGAACCAUGGUUAGCGAAAAAUGCACAGAUGUAUAAAGUUUUUCCUUCGAUAAUCCUUAUGCCGAGGACUGAUUAUAGCAGUAUAUCAUAUAUUCUAACUAAAACACUCAUGCAAUAUCAUGGAAUAAAUCGUGAGUUCAAUGUACAUUGCGUCGCACAGGUUUUAAGAGGAUAUGAUAUACACACUAUAAGAAAAGCCAUAGAAACCUUGUUAGAUGGUACACGUAUCGCACAACUAUACCACAAACCGCUUCAGCCAGAGGAAAUAACCAACGCUGUUGUGGGUUUCGAAGGUGCUGUUUAUACAGAUUUGGUGGCUUAUGAUAUGUAUAAACAGUGGUACGAGUCAUAUUCACCGUGGGGUAAAAAGUACAUCGAUUAUAUGCAGAUGUUAGACUCACAGCUCGCUUAUAAAUUGAAGGCAGAUAAAAAGAAAAAGUAA